AUUACAGGAGAGAAGCCGUCCUUGUAUGGCAACUGUCACUAUAUCGUUCAUCCAGGUGCCAAUCCAAAUCCCUCUGAGUCAGUAACGAACCGUCAAUUUUUUUCCUUCUUUCUAGACCGCUGCAGUCACCACCACCACAUCGACAUCUCUGCCCCAGAUUUUAGCCGUAACGAGCCACCGUGGAAUUAGCUUGGAGUAAAUACUCUCUCUUUACAUGGAGUCUUCAAACGGGUACUUGGCACACAAACAGUACCCUACCUUUGCUUCUUCCCACGGAGAAGUCACUUACAGCUGCGGUACUUGUGGAUAUGAUCUAAAACUGAACUCGUCCCGAAGGAACACAUCAACUAUUGGCUCCAAAUAUUCUAAAUCCAUAAAGAAGGGGAUCAUUACGUUUUACUCCAUAGAUCAGAACCGAUUCAAUCAGGUUGAAGAGAUCGGCUGCGUACCCUACUUCAUUUCUAAGCACUCUUGGGGUUUGUUCAGAAGGAAAACCAAACUUUUGUGCCCAAAAUGUGGUAACCUUAUUGGUAAUGCUUAUGAUGAUAACACUUAUGCUUAUUCCCUUAUACGAAAUGGUUCAAGUUCACCCUCUGGCAGUGAAAAUUCCAAUCCACGAAAAUAUGAUAUCAGAAUUCGUUCUUUGCAACCUUCUGCAGAAUUUGGUACACCAUCUGUGUUGUGAUGUUCUCGUGAAGCAUUCAUAUCAUAUGCUACUUUUUUUUCUGGUUGCUUCACAGUCCGUGAAUAUGUUCUAUCACAAUUAGUUAAAAUAAUGCUUUAGCAGUGAAGAAUUAUAGCUCCCCAUGAAACCCUCUCUAAUUGUUCUUCAUAAGAAAAGUUUUUGCCAUAUAUUUUUCUGGGAAUGUUGUAAAUAUUCUUAUGUUUAUUUUGGCUUUCUUUUGCUCCAUGAUAUACGACUAUCCAUGUGUAUGAAGCAACAUUGUGAAUGGAAUCAUUUGUACUUGUGAUUUCUUGUUUUCUCA